AUGACGGAGAAAAAGCAAGGCGAUUUCUUCUCUGACCCACUUGAACCGGAACCACCGGAUCGUGAAGGCUCAUCCACCUCACUCCCAACGUCGUUUAAAGACAAAGUCUUGGGGAAGACCUCUCGACCUUCCCAAACUCGUGAUCUUGUUAAAGAUGGCUCAAUGUCGCUGGAACUAGUGGAAGGGAACCGCCUCCUUCCAAAGUUUAGCAUUGCACCAACGAAGUAUGAAGAAUUGUGCGGACCAUGGAAGAAAUGCUUGAUAAUAAAACUCUUGGGGAAGAACAUUGGCUUCUUAACUAUGAAAGACAGAUUAAGGGCCUCUUGGAAACUUGAAGGUGACUUUGACAUUAUAGAUGUUUCUAAUGGUUUUUUCUUGGUGAAUUUUGAUCUGAAUGCAGAUAAAGAGAAGAUAAUGCAUGGAGGACCUUGGAUGAUCUUCGACCACUACUUAACAGUUCGACAAUGGGAUCCUGAAUUCUCCGCUCUUGAAUCCAAAGUGGAUAAAACUCUCGUCUGGGUUCGCUUCCCGGGCCUCGGCAUGGUUUACUACAACGAGAGCGUGCUCCUCACCAUCGCGGCAGCAAACGGUAGACCAAUAAAGGUUGACCUAAACACCUUGAAUAUGAAUAGAGGAAGAUUCGCUAGGGUGUGCGUAGAGAUCGAUCUCAACUCUCCCGUGGUGGGGAAGUUUUGCUUGAAUGAUCGAUGGCACAAGGUCGAAUAUGAGGGCCUACAUCUCCUAUGUACUGGAUGUGGAUGUUACGGACAUCUUAUACGUGAAUGCCCAAAAACAGUUUUUGAGUCAACAAAGAAGCAUGAAGAUGGAUUCGAAAACACUCAGAAGGAGGAAGAAAUACAUAAGGCAUCAAAUCAAAUAGAGACCCAGCCCAUAUCAAAGACAGAAGGAAACAGUAAAGCACAAUCAUCUAUUCCCAUAGACGUGCAUGGAGAAUGGAUGAUAGUAACUCGCAAGAAAAGAAACACUCCCCAAGAAAGAAAAAUUCUUGGACAAGGGAAAAUCCACAAAGGUAGUUCUUUUGGAAACCCCAGCAAAAAUGGUAUAAUCAGUGAUAAGGAGAAGGAGAAAAAUCUCCAGUUUAAGGAUUUAACUACCCAAGAAGGUAAGUCUAGCGUGAAAUACAUAGGUGGUAGUGCUAAGAAUGAUAGGAAAAGAUCUAGAUUGGAUAGUAACAAGAAUCCAAAUCCCAAAGCCAUAAUACCCAGAGGGAGUGAAACCCCAUUAGCAAAGACGAUAGGUUUAGGGUUGAACCCUUUUUUGGAGGGUCCUCGGAGUUUAGCAGAUGGCUCUAAGACAACCCAUGAUAUUACUUCACUGGGUGGCCCUCGUUAUCUUCUCCAGUUUGAGAAACCCUCACAGGUCGAGAGCUGGUCUGAUGAUUCCUCAAAUGGAUCGCUGUCACCUAAGGAAACUCAUGAAGGAAUGCAUAUAGAUACCUUACCCUCUAGUCAAAGGAAUGAUACAACCUUCAGGGUAAUGGAUACUGACAUGACCUAG